AGGUGACGCCUCUUUCAGGAGAUCGCAGACAUCCCAUUGAUUGCAGUGUGCCAUGCAAUAAUGUCGUGUGAGGAUUAUCAACACUUGGACAGGGUCGUGGAUAUUCUGGGAGAAUAUGGCCGCUACCAAAUUCUUAUUAUGGUUUUGCUAAGUUUAACGGUAAUACCGUGCGGCUACUUGGGAGUACUGCCCAUCUUCAUCGCGGACACGCCGGCUUAUCAAUGCAGGAAUUGGUUGAAGUCCAUGCCUUGCGACGGGAAUUUUUCCAGCUGUUAUCCGUCCAAAGUGGAUGCGAACUGGAGCGAGGCGGUCGAACCGUGCAACGGCACAGAUCGAUGCGUGGAUGGAUGGAUCUUCAGUAAUGAGAGCUAUACUAUAGUUUCGGAGUGGGAGCUGGUUUGCGAAAAUGCAUGGAAGGUGCCCAUCUCUACUUCGAUGUACUUUAUGGGAGUCCUGUUGGGAUCCCUCAUCUUUGGUCAACUCUCAGACCGGUAUGGCAGAAAGCCUGUGCUUUUUCUUACCAUUUUGCUGCAGUCGGUCACCGCGCUGAUCCAGUCCGCCUCCGUCAACUGGGUCAUGUUCUGUGUUCUUAACUGCAUGAGAGGACUGGGACUGGUGGCCUGCUUUACUACAUCAUGUAUUAUCGGGUCGGAAAUGAUGGGUAAAUCUGCCAGAUUGAGUUUGAAUCUGCUGGGCCAGUGUGUGGCGACGAGCAUCGGUCUUGCCCUGCUGGGAAUGCUUGCCUACUUCAUACGAGGUUGGAGGAUGCUGCUCGUUGCUACCGCUAUCCCAAGCUUCUUCUUCCUUCCUUUUUGGUGGGUGAUUCCCGAGUCUCCUCGCUGGCUUUUGUCGAGAGGACGUGUGAAGGAGGCUGAAAAGGUUUUGUGCCGAGCUGCCAAGAUGAACCGAAUCCACCCGUCUUUGAUCAUGUUCAAGGUUGACAAUGACCCGCCAUUAUUGCAACACUCGAGUAAAGAUAAACAAACGUUUGCAUUUAUGGACCUGAUACGCACCACUAACUUGAGGAACAUUACAUGUCUUGGUUGUUUCAUAUGGUUUGUAAGCUCCAUGGUGUUUUUCGGACUCACUCUCAGUACGGGUAACCUGAAAGGGAAUAUUUACCUCAAUAACUUCAUUUCAGCAGCCACUGAGACAGGAGCAUACAUUUUCACGUGGCUCUUGAUUAAUCGAGUGUCACGGCCCACACUUAUUUUUGUCUCACUGAUGUUCACAGGAAUGACACUCCUUGUGAUUAAGCUUGUCCCGGAGGACAUGUAUGCCAUAAUCCAAGUGUUGGUUUUCUCGGGAAGGUUUGGUUCUUCUAUCGCUUACGGUUCUAAAUAUUUGUUUUUCUCUGAGCUGUACCCCACGGUGGUCAGGAACACAGGUCUGGGUGUUGUGGCCACAGCUGGACGCAUAGGCGCCAUUAUCUGUCCUUAUGUCAUCUACAUAGGGGAUUACAAUAAGAUUCUCCCUUUUCUUAUUUUUGGUUCUUUAAGCGUCAUUGCAGCUCUUUUGAGUUUGUUGCUGCCAGACACGAGGAAUAGCAAAUUGCCUGACCUGAUCAAUGAAGCUAAACCCAGUCGAUGGUAUGUUGCUGCUUGUCUCAUAUGUUUUUUAUAUGUGAAUCAUGCUUAACACAAACACAUCCUUCAGCAAUGUAGAAGACAGUAGGAUAAUUUUAUGCAGAAAAGACAGUGAAACUGGUUUGUGGUCUUGGUUUCAGUGUUGAUCAAAUAUUCUGCCUUUUCCCCCCCCCCC